AUGGGGUCGAUGCGCGCCUCUCCUGCCGGACUCCUGCUGCUCGCCGUUGCCCUCAUCGCCGCAGUUCAGAUGAUGAAGGCAGCGAAUGGUGACGACACGGUGAAACGGAUGACACACCGUAGCAUGCUGCGGAGCACGCUGAAAGGCGCGAACGGCGAAGGCAUGGUGGCAGAAACAACGAGCAGGAAGGUCAAUGCGAGGAUUGCGCAGGAGAUUACGGCUAGUGAUCCUGCCUGUGCGGCGUUGGGCUGUGAGCCUGUUGGCGGCAAAUGCGAGGUGGACAAAAAUGGAGAGCGCUACUGCAACUGGGCCUCACCAUGUGGCUCGUGCCCCGUGGGAGCCACCUGCAAAACCUACCUGAAGCCGAGCACAAACGAGCUCCUUCCUUACUGUUCGUGCCCUAGCGGGUAUGGGAUGACCGCGACGAGCUGUGUUCAGGGUGGAGCUCCCACCGUCUCUUCCUUCAGCUACACAGUCGUUGUGAAUGAAACAGCCAAGGACGCGGCAUCUCGACCCUGGACCUUCCGCCUCAACCCCAACGGGUGCACUGAGAUCCCAGCUGCAGUGGCUGUGGCUCGCACGGUCACAUCAUACUAUAGCCUUCAAAACAUUGGAGAUGCUCCAGCUUGCCGCAAGGUUGCUUACUACAAAGCAGAUAAAUGCGAAGGCGAAAUUGAUAUCACAUCAUCUUCACGCGAUCAAGUCCCGUUUCUUGGAGAAUAUGUUCCAAACCCGCUAGGCAUGCAGGUUCCUGGUUCAAUUCUGUGCACUCAGUAG